AAUUUAGGCAGAUUUGUUAAGAGAAGUUAUGAGAAGAGGGAAGGAAUACCACCAUGGAAAGAGAGGAGUCAGAAAAUACCCUCCGAAGUACGACGAUUACAGGACCAGCCUGAUCGGUGAAAUAAAGGGGCCAAGGAGGACUCAUACAAGGAAAAGAGACUCUAAGAGACGAUAUAAGCAGGAUGAGGAAAGUAGCUUCGAUAGUUCCCACCAACACCGGGAGAAUCAGCACACAGAGACCCUAAACAAGACCUCCUGAGAACAAGAGGUCAUUGUACUUAGUGAUGAUGAUCAGAGUUGUAACCAAAGCCAGGAAGAGAAUUAUGAGUCUGCUGAUGAAGAUAGCUUAACUUUAAAAAUCAAUACGCUUCCUCAGAAGAACAAAGCAGAUAAAUUAGAUCAAAGUCAAGAAAAUGCUUCAAAACAUCCUCAAGAAAAAGCUUCAAAACAUCCUCAAGAAAAAGAAGAGAAGGAGUUUAGUGAAGCUUUUCAAGCUUCUCAGGAAGAGAAGGCUAUAGCAAAAGAUCUUCCAGUUCCUCAACAAGAAGAAGUAGUUAAGGAACAGGAAAAAACUACUUUAGAUACCCAAGAAAAAGAGCAAGCUAUUUUCGAAUGGAAUCUUCCUGUGCUUCCUAAUACUGGCAACAGUCAGAUGUCUUUAAUCACGGAAGAAGAGAAUCAUAGUCAAAAGAAUAAUAUAUUAUCCCAAAAUUGCUCAGUCAAACCUGAAAACGAGAAUUCAACAAAAGAAUUCCUAGUAAAGCAGCAAGUGCCUGAUAGAAUUUGAGUGAACCAGCCAAUUGAUGAAACUGAUGAGAUAGAAAUAACGUCCAAAAGCAUCUGGAGAGAAAUGGAUAAAAUCCCUGAACAAAUUAUUGAUAAAGAAGUUCCUCCAAAAAUUGAUACCCCACAAGCAGAGUCUGGCAUAAUCCCUGAAAAACAAGUCCAAAUUCCAAUGGUGCAGGAUUCAGAUUCAGUUAUCCCACUUGAAGGACCUCCUGACGAGGUUCCAUUAGGAAAGGAGCUAUGCUAUGAACCUUACCAUGGUAUUUUUCUGAAGUUCACUUUUCCUCCUGAAAAUGCCUUCAACGGCCUGCAGUUAUACUUACAAUGAGCAAGAGUGAGGUCCAGAAUUAUUGAACCAUUAACGAAUGUGCCCCUUCGGAUAUCCCAAAAGAUUGACUACCUUAAUUAUGAAUUCAGACAGCAGUAUCAGAUGAGCAAGGUGCUUCCAAGAUUAUUUAAUAUUCAAGAUAAUCCCUCAAGUAACAAAAAAUUAUCAAAAUGGCAAAGGAACCAACUAGAGGGACUGCUUAAAAAGCACUUUGAGUUCAGCCUCAUAAUGGCCAAAUUUCCUGAGAAGUUACCAGAACAUUUUGCAAUAAGCUGGCAGGAGAAUGAAGAGAACCACUCGAAACUCAUGAAGCACAUCCCUAAAGAUAAGGACAUAAUGUUUGUGUGAUGUAAAGAAGAAUUUGAUUUCAUUCUCUUGUUCAAGUCAAAUCUUUUGACGGCUCUUCCUCAUUCUAUUAUACUAAUAAAGGUACCAAAGUUACUGCUUCGGGCUAAAAUCUAUAAGCAGUCUUCAUAUGGACUCCCUAAGCCAAAUGCCAUAGUUCAGAAGAAGCCUAAAGUGAAGAAACCUUCAGAAUCACCAGAACAAAAGCCAAGUCAGCUAUUCGAGCGGCUAAUAAUGAUUAACACAGGCUUACUGGGUGUUCCAGAAGACCAGAUACGAGACAUGUGCUUAGAAGAAGAUCCCAGUAGAGGGAUUCAGGAACUUUCCAGGUAUUUUUAGCCAAAAAUUUAAAGAUCCUCGAAUAAAAGAUAUUCAGUUAUACGAAGAGAAAAUAACUCAUAUGCAGAAAGAUCAUUCUGAUACACAGAAACUCUACUCAAGCCUGCUAGAACGGAUCAAAAUUUUAGAAGAGAAAGAGAGGCAGGACAAGGCUAAAAUCCAAGACCUCAAUAUAGCUCUCAAGGUUGAAAAGGAGAAGAGCAAGCUUUGACAAGUCAGACCAAAUGCCAAUACAAUUAAAGAGGUCGAAGAGAUACCUUUUGAUGAUAUUAAGCCUGUCAUUCCUGAGAAACCCAAGAAUUUUGAUCGAAGAGCAUCCGGUCUAUUUGAUAAAGAGACAGGGCUCUGAAGACAGUGUAUUUGUAACAUAUGCAGAGAGAACCCUUGAAUUCUCUUCUUACCCUGCAAGCAUGCAGUUCAGUGUGAAGAAUGAUAUAAAAGAACCAUCCCCAAGGAUAAAGGGUAUGGGAAAUGCAAAAGUUGUAAGAAGUCUGUCAAAGAUGUCAUCUCUAUUGAAUACAUAAAGUUCAGAAACCGUAAUAGAAAAGUAUAG